AUGGUCCAUCAGUACUGGCUAUUAGCGCUACCCAUCCUGCUGCUGGAUGCUGCACCGGGCGUUGUUGCAACCCAUGGAAGCCACGCAAGAAGAUCGAACCCAUCGGCUCCUGGACUGCAUGUUCUGCCUCUGAUUGAAGAUAGCUCCGAUGACUCUCAUUCGUGGAUUGCUGAGGUUGCGGCUGGCACUCCCGCCCAGAAGAUGAAGCUGAAUCUAGACAUAGCCAAAUCGACAACAUGGUUUAUCUCGGACAAGACUUACGCGGAAUGUGAUGGCUGCGAGAAUGGGUACUAUCAGCUCAACAAAUCCAAGACCUCAUCACCCGUUCUGGGUCAUACGGCAAUCUCUUAUGGCGAUCCAACGACAUAUCCGCCAAGCAACCAAACAUUUGAUCUGGACUAUCACAAGGACACUGUCCAAAUUGCCGGUGUUAGCAUUCCCAAGCAAGUAUUUGGUCUUUUCAAUCCUUACAAGGAUGAGUUCUCCGGAAUUGGUGGUCUUGCGCUUGGUCCCAACGUAGAACAUGGAUAUGCGCCGGGGAAAAUCUAUAGCUCUUUCUUGGACAACCUCGUUGCAAACAAAAAGAUUGCCAGCCGUACUUACAGUGUUGACAUGCGCGAGCACGGUUCUAAGCCAGCUUCAAUUAUUCUUGGUGGUAUUGACACGGGUAAGUUCAAGGGCGAGCUUGUAAAGAGGCCGUUGGUAAAGGAUGAGCUCGGCACAUUUGGACCCUCAAUCGUUCUCACAGGCCUCAGCCAGACUGUCCCCAAUGGAAAGAACGAGGCCGGUGAAGUGACCAGCUACGAAGUCCAUAAGAACGACUCGGUGUUCCUCCUUGACAGCGCCAACCAGUACCUCCGAUUCCGCCACUCCUUCGUCGAUCCUCUCUACAAGACCCUCGGCGCAGUCAACAACGGACAAGACGCAUACUUCGUGCCUUGCGAGAAGCGCAAUAUGCCUGGUAGCUGGGAUUUCCAAUUCGGCGACGUCACGAUCAAGAUUCCUUACAGCAAGAUCAUCACCAACCAGUCCGGUGACAAGGGAAAGACUUGCUGGGUCGGUGUUUUGACCACCUGGAAGGGACAACUUGUCCUGGGACAGCCUUUCUUGGAAGCUGCCUAUCUAGCCUUCGAUCUCGACAACAAGCAGGUUGCACUCGCGCCCCCAGCAAACUGCGGUGAAAAACUGGUUGCGUUUGGAUCCGGACCUGAUGCUAUCCCCGAUCUCAAAGGCUGUUAA